GAAGAACUAGAACUACUAUAACUGUGACGUUACUAUCUGCGACGAGACAGUCACACGUGUUGUUUUUAUGAACUGUAUAGAUUCCGACAAAGUGUGAUAUUUCCGUGUUAUUUUUUGGUUAAAAGCCGCAGUGAACUAUGGGGAAGAAACUCAAAGUCGGAAAGACUAGAAAAGAUAAAUUUUACCAUCUGGCUAAAGAAACAGGCUAUCGUUCUCGUUCUUCCUUUAAGCUCAUCCAACUCAACCGUAAAUUUCAGUUUCUACAGAAAGCCAGAGCUCUGGUCGACCUGUGUGCUGCUCCGGGUGGAUGGCUGCAGGUAGCAUCCAAGUUUAUGCCUGUUUCAAGUCUCAUUAUUGGUGACUCCACUGUUUACUUGAGGCCAGAUUUUUCUAAAAUCACAAACUACAGUAUACAACAGUUCUUAAUUUGGAUUUGUUAAGUGAGACACUGCCGCUCCCGUAUGCAGGCUAUACGAAAGGAGCUGCAGACUUGGAAGGUUGACGUUGUGUUAAAUGAUGGAGCCCCAAAUGUUGGAGCCAACUGGCAACAUGAUGCCUUCUCACAAGCUCAUCUGACCCUCAUGGCUCUGAAGUUGGCCUGUGAGUUUCUGGCCAAAGGUGGCACUUUUGUCACAAAGGUCUUCCGCUCCAAAGACUACCAGUCGCUUCUCUGGAUCUUCCAGAAGUUCUUCAAGAAGGUACAGGCCACCAAGCCGCAGGCGUCCAGGAACGAGUCUGCUGAGAUCUUUGUCAUCUGUCAGGGUUUUGUUGCCCCGGACAAAAUCGACAGCAAGUUCUUUGACCCCAAACACGCGUUCAAAGAGGUGGAGGUGCAGGCAAAAACUGUGAGGGAGCUGGUUCCUGUCAAGAAGCCAAAGGCAGAGGGUUACACAGACGGUGAACUGAUUCUCUUCCACAGUUUCACAAUGACAGCUUUUCUGAAAGCUGACAACCCUGUGGACUUCCUGAGCAAAGCCAGUGAGAUCAUCAUCGACAACCCAGACCUGGAGUCUCACUCAUCUACCAGCGAUGAGAUAAAGGAGUGUUGUCGCGACAUCAAAGUUUUGGGCCGUAAAGAACUCCGCCUGCUGUUGAACUGGAGGUCCCAGCUGAGAAGAUAUCUGGCAAAGAAACUGAAGAAGGAGGCAAAACAACUUGACCAGGAGAUCAAAAAUAGCACCAGUGUCCUGGCUGAUGUUUGUAAGGGGGACAUGCAGGCAGCAGACACGCUAUUAGAUGAAGAUGACGACCUUCACCUGUCUGAGGAAGAGGAUGACGAGGCAGAUAAAAUGUCCCUGGCCUCUGAUUUAGAUGAAGAGGACUUAGAAGAGGUGGAGCAGAAGCAGAAAGAGCUGGAGAAAAAGACGCAGAAGAAGAAAGUACAGUUUGUUGAGGAAGAGGAGGAGGAUGAUGAAGGGCAGGAGAGUGGGUUGUUGGUGGAACUGGAAGGAAAGGAUGAGAAGAAAGAGCGAGAACCUUCUUCUGCCAUUUCACGCCUGGAUCUCAAAAACCACCUUACGGAGUUCUCACUUGCACUUGGGCGAACCUACAAAGAUGCAGCUAUUCUGGCUCAGAAGAUGCUGUCUAGCAUGGAUAGUUCCCCCAGGGAAAUUACCAGGAUGAAGCAGGCCAAGGGGGCUGCUGGGAUGUUAGGAGAGGCAGAUGACGAUGACUUCCAAGUUGUUCCUGUAGAAAGCACCAGUAAGAAAGCUAGGAUCCUGGAUGCAGAAGGCCUGGCUCUUGGCUGUCAGAUUGCUACAUCUAAGAAGAGAGCCAGAGACCUGGUGGACAGCUCCUUCCACAGGUUUGCUAGCUCCGAAGAGCCAUGGGAGGUACCUGAGUGGUUCCUGGAGGAUGAACGUAAAUACCGGAAGAAACCAGUGCCCGUCACCAAGGAGAUGGUGGAGGAGUACAAAGAAAAAUGGAAAGAGAUUGAUGCCCGGCCCAUCAAACGAGUUGCUGAGGCCAAGGCCAGGAAAAAGAGAAGGAUGCUGAAGAAGAUGGAGCAGGCUAAGAAGAAAGCAGAGGCAGUCGUUAACACAGUGGACAUCUCUGAGAGGGAGAAAAUGGCUCAGCUGAAGAGGUAUGGCACCUGA